AUGGCAAACAACACAAACUCUUUAUCAUUGCUAUUUUUUCUUGAGAAUGACAAGUUGCAUGGCUUAAACUUCCUUGACUGGUUCCAUAACUUGAGGAUUGUCCUUAAACAAGAACGAAAAUUAUAUGUCAUUGAAAAACCUGUUCUUUUGGAACUAGUAGCUAAUGCCUCCAAAGCUAACAAUGAUGCUUAUAAGAAGCAUCUUGAUGACAUGUUAGGCAUAGGAUGUCUAAUGCUUGCCACCAUGACUCUUGAGCUUCAAAAGCAAUAUGAGGAUAUUGUUGCCUAUGAUAUGAUCCAACAACUCAAGGAAUUAUAUGAAGGGCAAGCACGUCAAGAGAGGUACGAGACCUAUAAAGAUCUAUUUCGAUGCAAAAUGGUAGAGGGAUCUCCUGUAGGAACUCACGUUCUCACGAUAAUAAGCUAUAUUGAAAGCCUUGAAAAACUAGGAUUCCCUCUAGGUGUGGAGUUGGCCACUGAUGUCAUCCUGCAAUCAUUAUCGAAUAGUUUUAGCCAAUUUAUUCUUAAUUUUAACAUGAAUGAGAUUAAUAAGACUUUGCCAUAG